AGGGAAGGGAGAGAGGGAGUGAGGGAGGGAGGAAUGCCAGCAGGGUGAUUAUGGCACUACUAUGGAGGUGGUCAUUCCGGGGACAGCGACAUGAAUAUGCAUAUGAGAUGCUUGCUAGUUUAUAAGACCACGCCUGCACAAUUAACGAGAAGCUUCCUGACAAAGUGGAAGUUCACAAGGCGGGCGAGAGUGGACAGUGCGAGGCAGCUACAUCGCACCCUAACAACCAUGGAAGGGCAAAAGCAGGACCAAGUCCAGGUCCCCACAGCUGGUAUUAUCAUUAUUGGGGAUGAAAUCUUGAAAGGCCAGACACAAGAUACAAAUACAUUUUUUAUGACCAAACACCUUCACAGCUAUGGAGUCAAAGUGAAAAGGGUGUCUGUGAUUCCUGACGAUGUGGAGACCAUUUCCAAGGAAGUAGCUCAGUUCUCCGAGCAGUAUACAUAUGUUUUGACAUCUGGGGGCAUCGGACCAACACAUGACGACAUCACCUUUGAAAGUGUGGCUGCUGCAUUUGGGGAAAAGGUGAAGCCACACCCAACCUUAGUGGAGUUGAUAAGGGGCUACUUCAAGACUGAUGACCUAACCUCUCCUGCUAUGAAGAUGGCUCAUAUUCCUGAGUCUGCAGUGCUACACUUUGCAGAGGAGAAGCCUCGAGGGACCAAGGCUCGUUAUCCCAUUGUUGCCGUGAAGAAUGUUACUAUUUUCCCUGGUGUUCCGUACCUUUUGGAGAAGGCCUUCACUCAUAUGGGGAAGAAAUUGUUUCAUAAACCUGGCCUGGGAUUCAUGAGUGACAUAGUGUACGUGACAUCUGAUGAAGUGUCCAUUGCCUCAAUACUUAAUGAAACUGUGGCAAAGUUCCCGACAGUGUCUUUUGGCUCGUAUCCCAAACUGUUUCACAGCUACUACAAGACUAAGAUCACCCUGGAGUCCCUCAGUUCCAACGAUGUAAUGAAAGCCAAGGAAUACUUGCUGAGUAAACUUCCAGAGGGGACACCGAUAGAGUACAAGGAGGACACAGUCACGUCUCCCUGGGAACACAUAGACAAGCUGCUGGAGAUGACUCCGUCCCUCAAGGCACCUGUACAGGAGGCCACCAGCAUCAUCCAUCAGUGCAUGGAAAAGUACAGUUCAGAGGAAAUCUGCAUGUGUUACAAUGGUGGCAAGGACUGUCUGGCAGUGUUGCAUCUGACCUAUGCACUGAUGAGACAGAAGUACCCAGACCUCAAGCUGCAGGCAGUGUACAUCACAGAGGACAAGGCUUUCCCUCAGGUCACAGAAUUUGUCCAGCAGUCCAUUAACAGAUACGACCUGGACUGUGAGGUGCUGCCUGGGCCAAUGAAGUCUGCCCUGUUCAAGCUGCUAGAGAAGAGACCCAAGAUCAAGGCUGUUAUCAUGGGCACCCGACGCAGCGACCCUUACUCAGACACUCUUGGGUUCUUCACUCCCACGGACCAGGACUGGCCACCCAUGAUGCGUGUCACUCCAAUCCUCAACUGGAAGUACAACAACAUCUGGGACUUUGUGCGGGGUCUCUACCUACCUUACUGCUCACUGUAUGACUGGGGCUACACCUCUAUUGGGAGUCAGCACAACACUCUACCCAACCCCCUGCUGGUGACCAAGGACCGGGCUGGUCAGGUGAUGUACUUGCCCGCCCACCUGCUGCAGGAGCCGGAGAUGGAGCGGCGGGGACGGCUCUCCAGCAAACACUGACAUUGGUGGCAGUAGUGACAGUGACUUGGUUCAGUCAUUACAUUUUUCUGGCACUUUUUAAUCUAAUAUAAAGAUGCAAUAUUCCUUGUUACUUAUGUUUCAUAUUAAGUACAAAUUCCCGGGGAAGCAUUCUCAUCUGUAUUCUCAGCAGUAAUUAUGGUAAAAUGUGUAAAUAAUAGAAAGACAAUAUGCAGUGCAUUAAAAUAUGCAAUAUUAUAAGAAAUGAAGUGUUUACGAGGUAAAGGUGAAUGUAUGUGUGACUGUAUCCCUGUACUCUUGUUGUUGGUUAGGUUAAAUCUUGAACUUGUGUGUCACAGUUUCUCUGAAUGUUGCCUCAUAUGCAGGAGAGAACACAUUGUAUAGAAAAUUUGUAGGGGAUCUGAUAAAUUUUAUGUUAAAAUAUAAAUCACCAUUACUUCAUA